UCAUCAGCAGCGCGUCACCACUGACGACGGCCGCCGGCUUUUCACAAUUUUUCUUGUCUCGACACUGGAAGAAGUCUUUACGAAAACUCGUCACAGCUUCAUAUUCUUUUCGCUACUGCGAGGCGAAGUUAGAGCAGCGCGGGUUUUGCAAUGGGAGAAACCAAGGACAGCGAGGAUUUGGUUCACGUUGAUGAAAAAGUCACGGAUGUCGCCCGAAAAGUCAUUCAAUCGCAGUCCGCAGACGAUGCCUUUUUUGUUUGUGAUAUACGGGAUUUGGAAGCGAAGAUAAAGCUAUGGCGUGAGGAAAUGCCCCGUGUGACGCCUUUCUAUGCUGUCAAGGCAUGCUCAGAUCCUGUAAUACUUCAAAUUCUCAACACCCACGGAGUGAAUUUCGAUUGUUCAAACAAGGCCGAAAUGAUGUCUGUGUUCGACAUGGGCGUCACUGCAAGUCGAAUCGUGUACGCCAACACCGUGAAGUGCACGUCACAUCUGCGCUUCGCGCAAGAACGAGGCGUGACCCUCAUAACUUUUGAUUCAGCUGAAGAGUUGGAGAAAAUCAAGGACCCUAACGCGAGGUUGCUGCUGCGUAUAGCUGCAAAUGAAUUUGGCGUACAGCAGUCCAUGAAUGCCAAAUAUGGGAUUCCAUUCCAUGAUGCAAGAAACGUUCUCUCUGCCGCUCGCGAUAUGGAAUUGAAUGUGGUUGGUGUGUCAUUUCAUGUUGGGUGCGCUUACAAGCAUCCCGAAAUAUUCGCACUGACAAUCGCUGAUGCCAGAGCCAUUUUCGACAUUGGCAUCGAGAUGGGUUUUGCAAUGGCAGUUCUUGACAUCGGGGGUGGAUUUCCUGGCGGCGUCCGAAAGAAAGACAAUUUCCAAAAGGUUUGCGAAGCUGUGCGAUCUUCUAUCGACAAGUUUUUUCCUGCCUCGUCUGGCGUGGAGAUUAUUGGUGAACCAGGACAAUUUUUCGUCACAUCCGCAUACACUUUGCUGACAAAAGUCGUCGGCAAGAAAACGAAGGAACUCGUCAUUGAUGGCCUAACACAAAGGCAUGAAAACGUGUACAUAAAUGAAAGCAAAUACAACUGCAUUCCUCGGGACCUCUACCAGUUUAUGGACAUAAGUUACCGACCACUUGAUCCACCCUAUGAGAGGCCUACAGACGUGCUCACCACUCUGUGGGGUGCCACCUGCAAUCCCAUGGACUGCAUUUUGAGCAAGGUGCCAUUCUUCAAAGUCUCCGUGGAAGAGUGGCUGCUAAUGGAUAACAUGGGCGCCUACACGCUAGUGCUGGCCUGUGGUUUCAACGGCUUUCCCAUGCCAGAAGUGCACUACAUCUCCACGGCGAAGAUCGCUCCUCAACUUCGUCGCACCAUCGACGCCAUGGUGGUCCGAUCUGGCUACGGCCACUUGCAACAGGCCGUCAAGUGGCACCGCAUGCGAAACAGUCUGUCACACAAGGCUUAGCUAGUUUCACGCCUGUAAAACUCGAUGAGCUGACCUUCUUGCCAGCCCCAUACUUAAUACACUCCUAAGCGGACCUUUCCGAAUGUUCAAUAUUGUAGCAGCGUACUCCGUCAGUUAUUUACCUUAAGCGUUACCAACACGUAUAGUCUAGAGUAUAAAAAACAUGGGAUGUCACUGAGAUUUGUUGUAAACUGAAUGCAUUGUUAUUGCCUUUCCUUUAUGUCAAAACUCUAAACCAGAGCCCCCGUGUAGUAACACACCGAAAUUACCAGUCGGUGUUAGCUCCAACUGUAUAUAAGUAGUUGUUUCUUCGCACCCAUGUAUCGCUAUCUUUAUUCUGACAGAAGCUGUGACAAAGCGUUUCUACGAUUCCGCACGUAAUCGAAAACCAUUUUGCCCAACCCUCCAGAGUCCUAAAGCUAUAAUCUGCAAAUUUUUAUAACCAGUAUCAUCAGUCUGCGACACACUAUAUUUAUUGUCUUGUUACCCCAAUCAAGUAUUUUACACGCGUGGUGCAAAAAUUGCAGCCCUUGGUGUGGCAGAUUCUCAAAAUAAUUCUAUGCUGUGAGGUAUUGUGCCCGUUCUACAGUUUUUUCUGGAUUUAUAGUGCCUGAUACGUUAUUUCCUUUUCCAACAAUGGGCUCUAAUUUUCCCUGUCGCUUCCGCUGAGCAAUAAAACUGUGUCCUUUU